AUGCUCAAAUCAGCAGUAUUUUCGUCGGCGCGUUACGAGAGCCCCGAGGAGGCGCGCAGUAACGGAAUCAACGGAGCGACGAACGGCGGCGGUGGAAAGUUUCGUGUCGACGCGAUUUGGGACUGCAAUGCGCCGAAAUAUCGUGUCGCGUGUGGACAACUUCAUGUCACCAAGGCGACAAAAUACAUUGGAAUGACUCAACUAUUCGUGAUCGCCCUCUUCUCUGUGUCCCUUCUGUUCGCCUACACAUCCGCUCUAAAAGUCGAAGAUUCAGCAUCAGAAGGAACGAAAGAGUGGUCAAUCAACUACUACAUGGCUCGCUACGUAUCCUCACUUCUCUCGGCUCUCACUCUUCAACUCGGUCUCGUUCUCAUGAUGCUUCACGGCAUCCGAACCGCCCGUCGAUCACUUCUCGUACCGUACAUCGCGUUCGCCGCCAUCGCCCUCUUCUUGGCUAUCUUCCAAAUAUCACUUGACAUUAUCAACUUUGUCGACACGAAAUCCUAUCAGAAUCUGAAUUCCGAGAAUCCGGCGUCGGCGAUUUUGGUCCAUUUCACCGGUGUGCUCGUUCAUGUCUGGUGUAUGAAGGUCGUCUGCAAGUGCUACUCGUUCUACGGUGAUAAGAAUGUCGCCGAAGCCAUCGGCCAACAACUUCAAUCGACAUCUGUCGCGUUCGCCGUCGACUUCACACGUCCACCACCGUACUCACGUCUUCCAACCGACGUUCAACCUCUCACACAGGCUUAA